GCUCUCCCUCUCUACCAGAUAAGUACCGCCACUCUCGGGAGAUGAUGAUGUUGCUGCCAACCCAUCGGGACCGACCUAGCAGUGCCAUGUAUCCCGCAGCUAUCAUGGAAAAUGGACAGCCUCCAAAUUUCCAGCGCGCCUUGAUCCAGCAAAUGAUUGGACCAUGCAAACCUUGCAGUGAUCCCAACCUGUCUGUGGCUGAGAAAGGACACUACUCACUGCACUUUGAUGCCUUCCAUCAUCAGCUCAGUGAUGUUCCUCCGGCACUGCCUGCACGAACAUUGCGCAAGUCUCCUCUUCAUCCUAUUCCUGCAUCACCCACCAGUCCACAGUCUGGUCUAGACGGAAGUAACUCCACUUUAUCCGGCAGUGCCAGCAGUGGCGUCUCUUCCCUGAGUGAGAGUAAUUUUGGACAUUCUUCUGAACCACCUCCUCGCACAGACACCAUGGAUUCUGUCCCCAGCCAGGCCUGGAACACUGAUGAAGAUCUAGAGACACCCUACCUCCCUGUCAGGUACAGUCUCUCUGAGCCUGAUGUCCUCGAGUCGCUCAAAUCCCAGCCAUGCCGAAGCCACUCUGCUCCAUCCGGAGUCAUCCCUCAGGACACCAUGGACCCUCCUGCUCUACCCCCCAAACCUUACCACUCCCGGCUGCCAAACGUGGAGAGCGAGGAGGGGGUGAUAACUGAAGAUGAUGACAAACACCGCCCAUUGCAUCGUAAAGUGUCCCAACCAGUGAGCGGUGGAAAGGAAGAGCAGGCCAGAGUAGCAUGGGAGCAUGGCAUCAGUGAGCAGUAG